AUGGAGACGAAGAAGACUCGUAAAAUCUCGAGCACAGAGCCGGGAAUCGAGGCCGACGACAGGCUCAGCUCUUUGCCGGACGAAGUCAUCUCCCACAUCCUCUCUUUCCUGCAAACCAAGUACGCCGUCGGGAUCGCCGUCCUCAGGCGACGCUGGAAGGAUCUCUGGACUAGGGUUUCGAAUCUCGAUCCGGAAUGGGUAGGCAAUUUGAUCCGGAAUGGGCCUCUAUCCGGGAAAUGGAGAAAACCACUCCCAAAAUCGCGAGGACAGAGCCGGGAAUCGACGCCGACGACAGGCUCAGCUUCUUACCCGAUGAAGUCAUCUCCCACAUUCUCUCGUUCCUGCAAACCAAGUACGCCGUCGGAACCACCGUCCUCAGCCGCCGGUGGAAGGAUCACUGGGCUAGGGUUUCCAACCUCGAUCUCGACAACCACUUGGUUUACAAGCCUCUGA